AUGCAUUGCACUACUGUUUCUCUUGCUCUGGCGCUUCUGCCCUCCGUGAUCCAGGCCCAGCAGACUCUCUAUGGUCAAUGCGGAGGCGAGGGCUGGUCAGGGGCAACUAGUUGCGUUGCUGGAGCCGCAUGCUCAACAGUGAAUCAAUGGUACGCCCAAUGCCUGCCCGCGGCGACCACCUCGACCACUUUGACCACCACGACAUCGUCAGCGACAACUACGACGAGCGGUACGACCAGCAUCACGAGCUCCACCUCUACUUCGGCUACCGUCACUGCGACCGCCACUGGCAAUCCCUUCAGCGGCUACCAGCUUUACGUUAACCCGUACUACUCCUCGGAGGUGCACUCAAUCGCCAUCCCAUCCCUUACGGGUACCUUGUCCUCGCUCGCAGCGGCAGCAACUGCCGCUGCGAAGGUGCCUUCCUUUGUAUGGCUCGACACCGCGGCCAAAGUACCCACCAUGGACGACUAUCUGGCCGACAUCAAAGCCAAGAAUGCUGCUGGAGCGAACCCCCCCAUCGCCGGGCAGUUUGUCGUAUACGACCUUCCAGACCGCGACUGUGCUGCCCUUGCCAGCAAUGGCGAGUACGCUAUUGAUGAUAAUGGCGUGGAGCAUUAUAAAGCCUACAUUGACUCGAUUCGAGAAAUUCUUCUUGGGUACUCGGAUGUCCAGACGAUCCUAGUCAUUGAGCCGGACAGUCUUGCAAACCUCGUCACAAAUCUAAAUGUCCCCAAAUGCGCCAACGCUCAAAGUGCAUAUCUCGAAUGCACCGACUAUGCACUCACCCAGCUCAACCUGCCAAAUGUGGACAUGUAUCUCGACGCCGGGCACGCAGGAUGGCUUGGCUGGUCUGCAAACCUCCAACCCGCGGCCAACCUCUACGCAAGCGUCUACAAAAACGCCGGAUCGCCCGCUUCGGUGCGCGGUCUUGCCACCAACGUCGCCAACUACAACGCCUGGACCAUCGGAACUUGUCCCUCCUACACUCAGGGCAACACAGUCUGUGACGAGAAGCGCUACGUCAACGCCCUCGCCCCCCUCCUUACCGCCCAAGGCUUCAACGCGCACUUCAUCGUUGACACCGGCCGGAAUGGCAAGCAGCCCACAGGCCAACAGGCUUGGGGCGACUGGUGCAACGUCAUCAACACAGGAUUUGGCGUGCGACCGACCACGAACACGGGCGAUACCCUGGUCGACGCCUUUGUCUGGAUCAAACCCGGUGGUGAGAGUGACGGGACAUCCGAUAGCUCUGCGACGAGAUACGAUGCCCACUGCGGAUACAGCGACGCGUUGCAGCCGGCUCCGGAGGCAGGGACGUGGUUCCAGGCCUACUUCGUCCAACUCUUGAAAAAUGCAAAUCCUGCUUUCUGA